GGACGUUGGAACAGAGCUCGUUGAUCAAGCAGAUUUCGCCACCUACCAGGAAGCAGUGGGACACUGUGCUUGAGUUACCACUGUCCAGGAAGGUGGAUCAAGGGGUGCGUGUGCUUGGUUGGUUCUUUGUUUACUCCUUCUGUAUCCCCUCUCUUUUGCCCCCCGUGUCGUCUGAAAAACUAAACUUGGCUGCCCAAUUCAGAUAAGCUGGUUAAGGAUGUCUCAUCCCGAGAUAGAUGUUCCCCCCGAGAUAAUAUAUAACGAACUAGGGGAAGGGUUCGCGAAUACAGGGCUAGAUUCUAUCGACCUAUCAUUAGGGAAUCGCUUACAAGUCGUCAAGUUUUAUGGGACGAAAGAAGAUGAGCAAAAGGAGGACAAGAAAUUCGAGAAGUGGAAGACGGAUAGGAGGCGAAGGAGGAAGAAGAGGAUAAAAUCGACGGCGAAGGAGUUUGGUGUGGAUCUGCGCGAUUGGGAAGGUGUUGACGAGGAUUGGGACGACGUGAAUAAUAAGGAGGAAAAAGAGGAGGAGAGAGAGGCUGAGAAGAGAAGGAUGAAGCUCAAGGAGGGUAUUACGUGUUAUGCUGUGUAUGCUGCUGGUGCGAUUGGCCAUGAACUUCAUGCCGUUCAUAUUGACCAGAAGAAACUUGCUGCAACAGGAGACGUCAGGAAGGUGAUGAUGCAGACGGAAAUCCUCCAAGUAGAGAGAUCACACUUUUUUCAUAGAGAGGCUUGUCUGGUAGCAUGCAGGACUUCGGGCUCGUUAGGCCUAUUCAGGCUUAUGGAACAAGACUUUUUACCAGGUAGUGCUUCCAUCGAAAAAAUUGGAGAAACCGUAUGGAGUAGUGUCUGUAAAGAGCGGAGAGCAAUUGGAGUGGACAUGGCAUUAAGCCCGUACGAUGCAUCCGAUGCCUUAGUCGUUUCGAAUAAAGGCACGCUUCACCAUUUCGAUGUCCUUUGGCGAGGAAUUUCAUUGGACCAUCUGUGCGAGACACAACAAUCUGUGUUCGAUGACUGUACGGAUGGGAACAGGUUCUGGAACGUCAAAUGGGGUACGAGGAAGCACGACGCCCUGAUGUCUGGGGAUAAGACCUUAGCCAGAGUCGACUUGCGAUCGAGAGAUUUUUCUGCGUUGUUUAGUCUCGGACCCGAUCGUCGCAUACGGGAAGCUGUCACUUCCUUCGAUUUUGUCGAUGUCAAUACAAUAUGUCUCGCCACAACGAACCGAGUAUGUUGGAUUGACAUUCGAUUCCCCAAGGAGCCUGCAGUUACAUACGAACAUGGUCGAGUGUACGAUCGAACCCUUAGCGUGAAUCCGGUUCGUAUUGGAGAUGGUUCCCGGGUUCUUCUCUCGUCAAACUCGGCUCCCGCCAUUUCUAUCUACGAUGUUAGGCGUUCAACGGAGCAUUCAAGACGAGGAUAUUAUCGAGCCUACGGCUCACCUAGUUACUUGCCGGGCGCUUUCAGUUCGCUUUCACACACGGUUCAUCGUUCUGGGAUUGCCUAUGCUCCGCGUGUCGGUCAUUUUGGGGAUAUCUUCGACGAUUCGACUGUGGAUUUGCUGGAACUCUCCGUCGACGGAGAGUUGGCUGUCCGAUCUCUCUCCUUGAAGCAGGAAGGACAGCAGUUUGAGCCGACGUACCGUAACAGAUACGUGGCGCUAUCAAAGCCAGUGCCUGACCGUGAAGUGAAAAAAAUCGUCGACUUCCGGAAGUUUUACAGAUGGCUAUUUAUGCAGGAUGUGUGUCGUGACGAAGUUGAUUUGGACACAGAACGCAUCCAAACCAUUAUUCGCAAGAUGCCGGGUGUUUGGUAUAAUGGAGAGUGGUCUUUAGAUGCUCCCAUAACCUUACUUGACGCUGCCUUUCGAUCACGCGAAAGGGACAAUGUCAACUCGGGCUCAAGCUUUUGGUCGGGGUCAGGUUUGCGAUACGAUUCGUACAUGGGGGAACCUUCUUCACGAGUUCCUGAAUACAUCAAGGGUGGAGCUAGCUGGUCAUAUGAAGUGAGCCCGCUCAUCCGGAAACUCGACCCCGAGAUGUCGUUACUAUCUAGCCACGCAACGCUUGACCACCUCAUUCCCUACACCUCAGUUCGACACCUCACAACGACAGAUGGCGAACUUGACCAUGUGGGAGUACUCAAACGUCGAGACAUGGCGGCAUGCAAGCAGUUAGCUCUGGAUUUGACCUUUUCAGAGUCUAUCUAUUCGUUCAACAGACCCUUCGCUUCUUAUUUAAACGAUCCCUCAUCCCAACUCCCGGACGGUUCACAUGGACUCACCUUAGCUGCUCAGAGCAUGCUAUUGUGUGACGGUGAACCUCCUGAUAUCGACUUUGGCUACCUCAAACCUCAAUUCUCGUCUGAUGAAAUCCUAAAUGAUGACGAGGCGAUGGGGGACGUCUCGUCACCUCAUCGGCAUCGUAAAAGCAAAAAUUUCACGCAUCCUCUUGGUGCAAGGCUGAUUCUGUUGGAAUGGCAACCAGACACGACAGUGGAUUCGUAUGUGUUUAAAGACCCAUACGAUACGGCAAGCGGGUAUUGGCGGCGGUAUAUCCCCGGCAUGCAUCAGAGCGCCGCUUCCAAGGAGCCCACUUUCCGAGGGCUUCGCUCCCUAUCUCAUCCAAAAUCACGAUCGAGAAGCUUACCACCUUCUCGAGCCCCUACUGUUGCGUCGUCUCGAAUGAGCAAGGCCUCCCAGCCCCCUACCGUAGCCUCGUCACAACCAGUGAGCAUGGCAUCCCAACCCCGUCCUAUUGCCUCGUCGCGAGCAGCGAGCACGGUUUCCCAAGCCCCUUCUGCGCGAUCACGGGCGGUCAGCCUAACUUCCCUGAAUCAAACACCUAUUUCCACGCCGCGACCGGAGAGCUUGGGGCCCUCUGCUGGUAGCUCACCACCGGGAACUCCUGUGACUAUUGCAUCUUCGCAACCGAUUCCCACUGCACACCAACUCCAUCUCACUCCGAGGACGAAUCUGGGGGAUUAUCAGCUCGACUACCCUACCAGUGAACCAAAUGACAUUGAUUCACGCUUGACACCCGGCUUACAGUCAAUGGUUCGGCGGUCCAGCUCCAGACCAGUCGACGGCGCUCCACCGAAAAAGAAACCGAAGAGGGUGGAAGGGUUUUGAAGCGCAAGCUGAUUUUCUCUACCCUCACACUUUUUUCUCACAAGUAGUGUACACAUAUGCACC